UCGCGAUUGGCUACUUGCGGUGCAUGGCGGCCAAAACUGGAAAACCAGCAUGAGCAGCACCAUUGCGCCGGCGCUGGCGGCCAAGCCGACGUUGCCGCCGAACGUGCACAAGUACGGCGUCGCGCCGGCCGACUGCAUGUUCGAGGUCCUCGAUCACGUGCUCAGCGCCAACGAGUGCAAGGCCCUCAUCAAGCACAUGACGCCGGCGCUCAAGAGCGUGAGCGGCGCGCUCACCAAGAUGCACCCGGACGGCGACCAGCGCCGGUCCAAGACCGAGUACAACCUCUCGGUCAUGCAGAACAAGCGGUUUGCCGACAUCAUUUGGCAGCGCAUCCUCAACAGCGACGCGCUGCCCGCGAUCGUCAACUACAUUGACCGCGAAGGCUGUGGUAUGCCACUGGGUCUGGCGCCGCGCCUGCGCAUGCUCCGGUACCUCGGUGAUGACGUGUUUGACGCCCACUAUGAUCGCAUCGUGCCCGACGAGGCGUCUGGCAGCGAGAGCUUGAUCACGGUGCUCAUUUACUUGAACGACGGCGGCGGCGUCGACUUUACCGGCGGCGAGACGGUGUUUUUGAGCUUUGACUCUCCCGAGAAGGCGGCGGGAACGCCCGUGACGCCCAAGACUGGGCGCAUCGUGCUCUUUGAGCACUGCUUGUACCAUACCGGGUCGGGACUGCAGCACAUGCCCGAGCACGAUACCGUGGACGUCGGCGACGGCCCGCUCAAAAACUGCAAGUACAUUAUCCGCACCGACAUUCUCUUCCCGAUCAAUGCGAUGAACCGCGACAAGUACUGAUAACCAGCAACUCAUCUCUUAUUGUACCGUAUCUG